UUAUGGGCUGCGGGCAUCUGUUUUUGGUAAUGGAGGGAGCUGCAGUUUUCGCUAUUAUUCAUCUGUUUUCCUAUCCAAAGGCGAUUCAGAGACUGACAGAUAAUCGAAUUUCCAAUGUACCUCAUUUCAGAUUAAUUACGGUUUAGUUUUGCAUUAUGCUUUCCUAAAAUCACUAAGUAACUAAGCAGAGCAUGUUUUGUAGAAUUCGAAUUGUUCCUCACGUUCAGUAUAUGCUAUGCAUGUUUAUGUGCGAACUUUAAUAAUAUAUUUCUUUCACACAGACUAUGCCAAGUCCUGCGCCGCGAAUGCAGCCUCGGACGUCCAACAACGGCUCCAAGACAACCGAAACCGGGCAGACAGUUACAGGUUCUCCAGAUGUUAGCAGCUCUCAGGUUCGCAAGCUACGUUCCAGUUCUUGCAGCGGAAGCAUUUCUCCCAAGCCUUCAGAUGAUUUAGUUGCAAGAUUAAAUGGUGGAAUAUCAAGCCCUCACAAUUCAAGUGUCUCUUCUGAUGUCGUCGCCACUACUGUGAGUUCGCCUCAGACACCGAGUACACCCCGAGAUAAACAGGCAGGUGACUCAUCAGAUACACAGAGCGAAGCGGAAAGCAUAAAGUCUGUCCGACUCCGAAGGAAGCUACCAAAUCUUCCGCAAGACCAAGUUUCCUCUCCGAGUCCAACUAGGAAAACUCAAGAAAGAAAUAAGAAUGGUGUGUCUGAAUCUCACGAUCUUUCGACUGACAUUGAGAUGCCUUCCCCAGCAGUUGCUAUGACGGUAACAACAACAGUAGUUACGACAAUUGAAAGUUCAAGACAGUAUUCUCCCGCGCAUACCUUGGGUGCUCCCUCGCCGACACCUGGUGGUGAUAACCUUUCUCCUUUGCUGGGCAGGCGAGCAGAGAUGUCUAGAACUCCUAGCCCAGGUGGGGAAGCAUCAGGUACUAAACUACCUCAAUAUAUGCAAAACCUUAAGCAACAACUCAGGGACGAAUUAAAAGCUGUGACAGAAGAUAGAAAAGUGAUGUUGGAACAAAGAGGAAAGGAAAGAGGGGAAGGAGAAAGCGUGCAUACGCGUCUAACCCCAACAUCAACUCAGCCACAAACAAAUGAAAGGAGAGAAGAAACUAGGUUAGCUAUCACAUGUCAGGCAAGUUCGCCUCAUAAAACACAGAUAGCAGAUCAGCAAGGCCAAAUUCGUAAUGACUCUUUGUAUCAGCAAAUGCAGUCACCUGCCCAUUCCCCUUAUCAAACACAGCCCAAAUCGUCGGCAUCCCAAUUACAAACAUAUAUACUUUCUCCGUACCGUACUCAACCACAGAUACAAUCUCCCUACCAAAGUCAAGAACAGUUGCAUCAGUAUCCCCAAACGUCUUACCAGGCGCAGAGUUAUGCUCAGCACGUGAGCCAAGAACAGGCACUGUAUUCUGGGCGUAAUACACCUCAGCCGACUGGUGUGAGGACUUCUUUACCUGAUGCCGUUCCCUCCUAUGCACUGACGCAUCGUUCUUCCGAUGAUGAUAUUACGAUAAUGACAACUGCCACUACGACUGUUGUAUCGGCCUCUGAACAAUGGCAUGAUGGUAAACGGCAUCGUGUACCACCCACGACGACAGUUGCCCCUUCUUCGGCUUUAGUUGGGACCAGCAUAGAAUCACUGCGCCGACUUCAAUCUAAAAUGGCAACCCAGCCAUCUCCAAAGAAAGGCAGGAGAAGACACACAAGCGAAAUCACAGUGCCACCUUUCCCACAAAUGGAGUCUCAUGAGAUGGCUCACACCUUGCACCAUCCUCCUAUGCGGCAGCAGCCUGCCCAAUACAUCCAGUAUUAUACGCAGGUUCAAGCUCAGCAAGCUGGUUACCGAACAAUGGAGUUCAAAUCCGUUGACAGCCAUGUAAGGGCGGCUGAUAUAUUAAGGGCCAGCGGUCAUCGUUAUGGAGGCAGCCUGGGCAGUGGCCUUGGAUCUACUGAGGCCCUUUACCAGGGUAGGAGAGUUUUGAAUAACAAAAUCCAAGACUAUCUUGCUGACAACAGGAUCAUGGAACAGCAGCAGAGACUUGUUGGUCCAGACGCUUAUUUCCAGACUCUGAAUAAUGAGAUCAACAGAUUGCGUCGUUCUUCAGGAAACUUACAUAGGGAGUCAAAUGACAGCCCGUGGAGGUCCCUUGUUCCCGCUCCAAGGACGACUUUACAUCGCCACAAGUGUUUGGCUGAAUUUCAAGCACGAGUCGUGCAUUUAGUAUGUUCUAGUUCUGGUUUAAAACUUAAGACUUUGCAGUUCUGUUCCGAGGAAGCUGUAAUUCGCUUCAAGUCUGAAGUGUUACUUAGCAGGUUUUUUUCUCAAAUGUCUAAUUUCUUCAGGAAAGAAAAAAAAUCUCGAAAACCACGUUCUUGGCAUCCAUCGCCGUAUGUUUCUGAGGACGAAGAUGAUCAGUUAACUCGAGAAGAGAAAAAGGCGAAGAUCAAAGCGGAAAUUGCUCGUCGCAGGCAACAAAUCGAGGAGAAUAUGAGAUUGCACGAUGAGCUUUGUAAACUGGCUGAACGCCGGGAUAGGAUGGAAGCAGGUCGGGGUAGCAUUGUCCCUUCGCCAACGAGCUCGGUUUCUUACCGCACCUCUGAACAGACACUGGUUGCCCCAACUCGUACAUCUGACGGAGAUGAUACCAGUAGUGUCCUGAAGGCCAUCGAUGAAAUACUGCGCAAGGAUUUAUACAGCGGACCCUUGUCUCGUUCUUCCUGGGCCUCCUACAGCAAUUUAGACCCGAGAACGAGCUACCAAGGAUCUUAUGUAACCUCGAGAAACAGGAUGGAGUAUAGCGAUGUGCGAGCGGGGGAUUCGUGGUACGGGGAGGAACAGCAGGCCAACAGCGGAUAUUUUCAGGAGUCUGCUGCCCCAGAUCCAGAAACAGCCAUGGACGAGAGUAUCGCUCGGAUAGCCUCCACAUUCCCGACGGACGAACCACCGGACAUCCUUCUCUCCGCCACCCCUGGCCAUUUUUCCCCGGAAACCGAGGUGACGCCAGCUAUGCCUCUACUGCCGGACAUGCCCACACGAUCCCGGAAGUUACUCGAGAAUCUGGGAAGUUCUCCUAUACAAGCCAACAGGAGCGGCUCCACUCAGUCUCUUUAUCAAGACCAUCAUCAUACGGAGGAAGAUAACAAUGAAGACGAUUCCCUGGGUCACCGGAUGCAGGAACCUUCCUCUUUAUUGAGAUCACAGCGGAAGACAACUCGCACUCCCAUUUCCAAGACCACUCAGAAAUAUGAUUUUCCUGUUAAGAGGAUACUCCUCACCAGGGACCCCAAGGAUCGUUCCGUCAGUGGAAACGGUUUGGGCAUGAAAGUUGUUGGCGGCAAAGAAGUGCCUGGGUCCAAUGGUAUGAUAGGAGCUUACGUCGCAAAGAUCUUUCCUGGAGGCGUAGUUGAAACCCUCGGAGAAGUGAAAGAAGGGGACCAAGUACUAGAGUGGAAUGGCGUCCCUCUGACAGGACGAACAUAUGAAGAAGUGCAAAGGAUCAUAGCAUCUUCUGCAGAUGAAGUCGAAAUAGUCAUUCGAUGUGAUCUAAAUAUGCUGGAGACUAUGAAUCGACAGAGAAGGAGUAGUCCUGGCAUGGGAACAAGUGGUGGCCCAAGAGGGGGUGGUCUUGAACCUCCUGAUACACCCGGAAGUGGGGGAGGCUUGGGAAGAGAUUCGUCUCCUGCCCACAGUCCUUACUCUCCUGCGGGAUCCAGAGGUCAGAGUCCAGCCCUAACAAAACGUGGAAUGGGAGGCGGUGGGGGAGGUUUUGGAGGUAACAUGGUGGGUGGUAUGGUGCAGAACACUCUCAUCACAAGCCAGGCAUCAUCUUAUGAAAAUCUGCAGUCUCCGGAUUCACGCAGAAUGGAUUUUGGCAAUCCCUAUAGGAGAGGAGGUUUUCUUAACGGAGUUUCCUCCUCUCGCAGUAUCGUGAGCGUCUUUGCCCCAGGUGGCCUCAACUCAGAGUGGCCAGACUUAUAUGAUCCUGCAUUUUAUCCUUCUCCUCACUCACCGGAUGAAUGGAUGGAUGAAGGCCUUCAGAGUCGAUGGCGGCAGGAAAACACUAAUGUUGAAGAAAUGCAGUUCCGAGUUUGCUGUGGCCCGAGGACGGCCAUAGUGUACGUACCGAUCAUCCCCGUUAGGCCAAUGGUAAAAGGUAGCACUCCGGCCAUCCUGAGUCGAAACCAUUUUGCAAGGAGGAGUGUAGAUCAGUUGGAUGAAUACCAACCUUUACUUAAAAACGGUCUAAGGACGGAUGAGAGAGCGUUGGGUUUUUGUGACCUGCUCAGGUCGCGCAGUUCUCUUGGAAAAGUGAGCCUUUAUCUGAACAGCAUCAAAGAAAAAGCCGAGUUGUAUGACUUGCAGAAAAAGAACGGCGUGUGCCGCGUGACGGAAGAAGAACCCCGUGAAAGACCCCGUGCCCCUUCGGACCUACCAGGACUGAGACCCGUCUUUGUGAACGACUGGAAACGACCCAAAAAAGCAAAAAACGAAGAGAAUGAUGAUAACAACAACAGUAAGAGUAAUAGUAAUCAGAAUGGUGGUGUAGAGAAGCAAAGAAAAAUGCAUGUGGGAUCCAGUCCCGAAGCUACUCCCUAUAAUAUCCUUCCCAAAGGAUGCAGGGGAUCCUUCUGCGUCAUCCUCUAACACCCUACAGCAUCCCUCUAAUCCUACUGACGUGCUUGGAUCUGCCACUUUUCCUGCAAUCCCGCCGUCUGCGUGCCUACGUCGUCAGGAUGUGUACAUAGGACAGCAGCUCCCUUCGCUUAACGUAGGUCGUGCGGACCUCUCUAGCCACACUCAGUUCCUGUACAGAAAACACCAAUAGUGCGUUGUCAUCAUUGUAGCAACCCCAUGAAACCGAGAGACAUUCUGUCGACGUGUGGUUCCAUGCCAGUCAGGCUCCGUUUUCGUUCAUAUGAGCAGCAUAUUGUGGUAUAACAUAUCAUGAUAAGAAUCACAGGUCGCACAUUACAGAAAGCUCGUUAAGGGUGGGGGUAUUGGGCAAACUGUUAUUAUCCGCAACCGGAGGGACAUAUUAACCUCUUCUCCCACUUCUUUUACCUAUAAGAUUCUUCGCCUCUUCUUCCUCUUUAACAUCUUUACGUGAGCACAAAAGUUUAUGGAUUUAAGAAACCUUCAAGUACAAAUUAUAGAAAAUUAAUUGUACAAAAUGGUACAGUAUUACUACAUUAUUCAAAGAAGAAAUGAUAUGCACAAAAUUUUUUUCUUGCCUUAUAGGCCGUUAAACGGCUAAUGUUAAAAUUAGCUUUGUCUGAGUUCUAAAGAAUUGUGCAGUCGCGGCUGAGAAUAGGUUAAGAAUUGUUGUAAGAGCAGAUCUUUCGUAAAUGGAUAUGACAGAGAAAUUGGAAAAAAAAGCACAAAAUUGAUUUUAGAAAUAAGUUUACUAUCAAUUUGAUCUCCUUUAUCGUCAAUUAGCCUAGAAAGGACAUAUUCCUACUUAUUCUUCACUGUCCUAAGAAAAUCGUUAAUUUUGUGCUCAUUUCAAUUACAGAAUUAUUGAAUAAGAAUAGAAAUUUCAUGAUUUCGAAAACAUAAUUUCUUUUAUCAAAGAAAGGCGAUAAAACGUAAUUAGUAACUUUGCAUAAUUAAAUUUUAAGUAUCAUCAAAUGACACUUAAUUGUGGGUUUGAAACUAUUCGUUUAAAAGUCAGUUACUGUUUGCAAAAAAAAAAAAAAAAAAAAAA